UUCCUCUCCCUUAACCUUCCCUCCCACCUUCCUACGUUGAUAGGUCCACAGUCCCACGCAUAGGAAGAAGGGAGAGAUGAGCUGGUCCUGCAAGGCAAUUUGAACCUACACCAGAACUUGGUUAGAACCCAUAAUCCAUAAAGCAGCAACAUCAUAAAUACAUCACAAUUCUCUGUCUCUGUCUCUCUCUCAAAAUAGCAAGACGAGAGACAGAGAGGGAGACAGAAGGUCCACAUACUGUGUCCAUCUUACAAAGAAAGAGUGCACUGUGCAGUUAAUAAAAACCCAAGAUUAGACUCCAAGCCUCCCUAGUACAUAAGAGAGAGAGAGAGAGAGAGAGAGAGAGAAGAGACUUCUGCUAUGGCAACUCAUGAAGCAAAAAGGAGGUCAACAAUAAUAUUGUUGAGCUUUGUCUUUAUUGUAUCAAUCAAUGGCAAUAUUGAUUCAAAAACAAAACAACAAGAGAUGGAUCGAAUCACUGCACUUCCUGGUCAACCAAUGGUCACAUUUUCACAGUUUUCAGGCUACAUUACUGUCAAUGAACAACACGGCCGAGCUCUCUUUUAUUGGUUGACUGAAUCUACCACAAUUCCUCACAAUAAGCCUCUUGUUCUUUGGCUCAAUGGAGGACCAGGCUGUUCAUCAGUGGCAUAUGGAGCAUCAGAGGAAAUAGGUCCAUUUCGCAUCAACAAAACUGCUUCAUCUCUCUAUCUCAACAAAUAUUCUUGGAAUACAGAGGCAAAUCUUCUUUUCCUGGAAUCACCUGCUGGGGUUGGUUUCUCAUACACAAACACAAGCUCUGACCUUACGGAUUCUGGCGAUGAGAGAACUGCUGAAGAUGCCCUAGUUUUCCUUAUAAGAUGGUUCUCAAGGUUUCCACAAUAUAAAUAUAGGGACUUCUACAUUGCAGGGGAGAGUUAUGCAGGGCAUUAUGUUCCUCAGUUGGCCAAGAAAAUUCAUGAUUAUAAUAAAGCAUAUUCUCAUCCAAUCAUCAAUCUCAAAGGAUUCAUUGUGGGGAAUGCAGUAACAGAUGACUACUACGACAACAUUGGUACAGUUACAUUUUGGUGGACUCAUUCCAUGAUAUCAGACUCUACCUACAAAUCAAUCCUCGCUAACUGUAACUUCACCGCAGACACUACUUCUCAGCAGUGCGAUGAUUCUGUAAACUAUGCAAUCAAUCACGAGUUUGGAAAUAUUGAUCAAUACAGUAUUUAUACACCUGUCUGUAUUAAUACUAGUACUACUACUAAUACUAGUACUAGUACUAUACGGUCAAUGAGGCUCAAGAAUACUCUCAUACGACGUCGUAGAGUUGUCUCUGGUUAUGACCCUUGUACUGAGAAUUAUGCAGAGAAGUAUUAUAAUCGACCAGAUGUUCAAAGGGCCUUGCAUGCAAAUAUUACAAAGAUUCCAUAUAAAUGGACUGCUUGCAGUGAUGUUCUAAUAAAGAAUUGGAAUGACUCUCAAGUUUCAAUGCUACCCACAUACAAGGAGUUAAUUGCAGCUGGUCUUAGAAUUUGGGUUUUCAGCGGUGACACAGAUUCAGUAGUACCAGUAACUGCCACCAGGUUUUCUUUGAGUCAUCUCAAUCUCACAGUUAAAACACGUUGGUAUCCCUGGUACUCCAAGCGCCAGGUAGGAGGGUGGACAGAGGUGUAUGAUGGACUAACCUUUGCCACAGUGAGAGGAGCUGGGCAUGAAGUUCCUCUGUUUCAGCCUAAGAGAGCAUUUAUUCUUUUCCUUUCAUUCUUGGCUGGCAAAGAAUUACCAAAGUCUUGACAAAAUUCCACACCUUCUUUGGGAUUUUGAAGCAAUUCAAUUCAAUUCAAUUCAAUGAGAUUCCCAUAAAAAUUUAUGGGUUAAAGUGACUAGAUCAUAAGAAUCAUUCAUUCAAAUUGGUAUAUGUAUUCAUAAAAGAGAACACAAUUCAUGUCUCAUCCUGAUGACAAGUAUGAAAUGAGUUAAUGCUAUUGUACCAUUCGUAAACUCAACGAGUUUCAAUGAUUUUUCUAUGAGAAAAUCAUUUAUAUAUAUGCAUGAUAUC